AGGAGCGAUGGUGCUCGGAGCGUCCGGAGACGUCGGUGUUUCGGGAAUCUCGGAGGAGCAAAUGAAAUGCCGGGGAACAUGAGCAAAGAGGAUGCCCCGAGUCGGAGCGCUUCUUUGACAUUCACCAUUGACAACAUCCUCAACCUGAAGCGGCAGAACAGCGGAGACUUUUCACAGGGGGACCGUGGAUGUAAGGAGGAUUUCCAGGCGCGGUGUGAUGAGGUGUGGGACGUCCGGAGGAGGCAUGGCAGCGGAGCAGACGAGACAGCGCAAACGAAGCCCAGAGUCCAUCGUGUGGACCUCGGGGAAAACACACCGAGCGUUGGCUCCUGUCCCGGGGCGCAAAGUGCGCACACCGCCGAGGACGCGUCCGAGCUGCAGCAGCAGCAUCAGGCCACCGCGGACACUAAAGCCAUCAAGAAGAAAACGCGCACCAUCUUCUCCAAGAGACAGAUAUUCCAGCUGGAGGCGACUUUUGACAUGAAAAGGUAUCUGAGCAGCUCGGAGAGAGCGUGCCUCGCCAGCUCUCUGCAGCUCACCGAGACGCAGGUUAAAAUCUGGUUUCAGAACCGCCGCAACAAGCUGAAGAGACAGCUCUCCACGGACAUGGAGGGGCCGCUGACCGCCGAGCACUUCUCCGAGGCUGGAAAAAACGUGCAAUUACCGACUUUUUACAAAGACAGCAACCUUCUGGGAGGAUGUUUGUUACCCAUGCCGUUCCCUGUCCUGUACCCGACUGCAAAUGCUGCGCCUUACAUCUACUUCUCCAACACUGGCAAAUAUUUUGGCCUGUUUGAUGCAGACUGAGGAGUUUCUCUGUUUGGGAUCACGAUAACUGUGUCGGAAUUCUACAUUGCCGGUCACCUUUUUUUUUGCCUUCAUAAAAACAACUUUAUGGCAACAUUUCAACUAAUCCAAGACAUGCAUGUGUCACUUUCUGUCUUUCUCCAAAUUGUUUAUUAUUAUUAUUAUUAUUAUUAUUAUUAUUAUUAUUAUUAUUAUUAUUGUUGUUGUUGUUGUUGUUAUUUUCGAAUUGUUAGGGAAUUCUGAAUAGGAAGUUUAUCCUCACAAAAAUGUUCAUGCAUUGAGGUUCCUUUGAGCAGUUUUAUUUCGCGCGGUAAUGUUAUCUGAAUGAAUGUAGGUUCAUGUCCCUCGCAGUGAUGCUGCAUCAACGCUGUAACCCCGUCAAAAGUGUUGUGUCAUUUUUCAACAACUCUUGUGCUGAACUUUUAUAUGAGUUUCUGUGGAGCACCACGUCAUUUAUAUGUAUAUGGCCUUAUUAUUAUUAUUAUUAUUAUUAUUAUUAUACACUUCUAUCGUUUGUUUCAACUCGACCUUUCACGUGACAGACUGUUAAACU